AUGGGGCAGAAGCGAACCCAUGCCGAGACCAAGGAUGGCUUCAAGAAGCCUUCUCCGGAUAAGAACCGGAUGAGCGCGAAGAACGACAGGAAGCAUGGCGCGCGCAACGACAAGAAAGACACGCGCAAGGAUGGUGACGCGAAGAAGGCGCGGUCGCAGCUGCUGCUCAAGCCGCAGCCAGAAUGGCAUGCGAUAGAGUUGCCAGCGCUCCCGACCGUCGAGAAUCCUACGAUCCCGCCCCGUUACAUCAUCGACAACAUCCACGAAUAUGCCAUCAAGCUCCUCGACGCAGAGGCCAGCGAGUAUGCCGCAACCCACUUGGCCAAGGACUCAUCGCAUAAGUUCAUGUCGACCGUCAUGGAGUCUGGUACCAUGGAGGAUAAGGUGUCCGCGUUGACCUUGUUGGUUCAAGAGUCGCCGCUGCACACGCAAAAGGCCUUUGGCCAGCUCAUGGGUCUAUCGCAGAAGAAGAGCAGAAAUGCUGCCAUGCAGGCCUUGGCUGCGCUGAAGGAUUUGCUGGGUCAGGGCGUUCUGCUCCCACCAGACCGAAAACUCAAGGCUUUUGCGCGACAGCCAGGCCUGACCGCCGCACUGCAAGGAAAGAAUGUACAGUGGAGAGCAGGCGACAAGUUGCCGGGCGCUCUGGAGAAGACACAUCUGAUUGUGUGGGCAUACGAGGAUUGGCUAAAGAAACAAUACUUUGAGCUGCUGAAGAUCCUGGAAACCUGGUCCAACGAUGAGGUCGAAUACUCGCGCAACCGUGCCGUCACAUAUGUCUGGGAGCUGUUGAAGGAGAAGCCGGAACAGGAAGAGAACCUCUUGCGCCUGCUCAUCAACAAGCUUGGAGACAAGGAAAAGAAGGUCGCGUCAAGGGCGUCUUACCUGCUGCUCCAGCUCCAGAUUACCCACCCGCUCAUGAAGAACGUCAUCAUCAGCUCCAUCGAAUCCGACCUCCUUUUCCGACCGAACCAGAGUGGCGUUGCCAAAUACUACGCCAUCAUUACACUCAACCAGACCGUUCUCAGCUUGAAGGAGCCCGAGGUCGCCAACAAGCUUCUGGAAAUCUACUUCAGCAUCUUCCUUGGGCUGCUGAAGAAGCAGAAAGAGCACGAGAAGGAAGAGAAGAGGAUAAACAAAUACGGUCACGUUCAGGGAGGCGGCGGUCAGCCUGGAAAGAUGGCCAAGCAAAAGGCUGAAAAGGCGGCAACCAUGGCCUUCAAGGUCGAGGACGAGUCGCGAGAGAAGCUGAUCUCAGCCAUCCUAACAGGUGUCAACCGCGCAUUCCCAUUCGCUAAAACCGACGACGCAAAGUUCGAAGAGCAGUUGAACAUGAUCUUCGAAGUGACGCACUCUUCCAACUUCAACACCAGCAUACAAGCUAUGACCCUCAUCCAGCAGAUCUCUGCGACGAAGCACUACUCCGCAGAUCGCUUCUACAGGACUCUGUACGAAUCUCUUUUGGAUCCCCGAUUGAUGACAACCUCAAAGCACAUCAUGUUCUUGAACUUGCUGUACCGCUCGCUCAAGGCUGAUACCAGUAUCAAGCGUGUCAAGGCCUUCGUCAAGCGCUUACUCCAGAUCAUCCACAUGCACGAGCCGCCUUUCAUCUGUGGUGUUCUGUACCUCGUCAACGAACUGAUAGCUACCUUCCCGACCAUCAAGACCAUGUUGUCAACGCCUGAAGACCAUGCCGAUGAUAGCGGCGAUGAGCACUACGAGGACGUCGAUGAGGACAAGGAGCCAACGACUAAGAAAGUGGAAGAGAAGCCUGCACAAGUGACCUAUGACUCCCGGAAACGAGACCCAGAAUACGCGCAUGCUGAUCUGUCUUGCCUAUGGGAGUUGCUGCCACUGCAAGCACACUACCACCCUUCUGUUCACGUCCUGGCCUCCAAGAUUGUCAACCAGGAACCCAUCAAGGAAAAACCUGACCCGACUAUCUACACUCUUAUGAACUUCCUCGACAAAUUCUCCUUCCGCAACGCAAAGACCAAGGCACCAGGUAUACAUGGUUCGUCGAUCAUGCAGCCUAUGUCUGGAACUUCCAAGGCCGCGUCUUACCUCAUCACCGCCCGCGACGGCGACCGCACGCACGACCCGCUCAACUCUGAGCAGUUCUGGCGACGCAAAGUCGACGAUGUCCGUGUCGACGAAGUCUUCUUCCACACAUACUUCGAGAAAUCCGGCAAAGCCAAGCAAGCUGACAGGAAGACGAAGAAGAAGAAUAAGAACAAGGACGACAGCGAUGAAGGAAGCGACGAUGAUGAUGAGAUCUGGCAGGCGCUUGUCAAGAGUCGUCCGGAUGUUGAAGGCGAUGGUGGUGACGAUGACGACCUCAGCGACUUCGACAUGGACGACAUGAUGAGCGACGAUGAAGCUGGAGGAAUGGACGGCGGUGUUGAACUCAACCUCGGUAGCGACGAUGAUGAGGCUAUGGCGGAAGAGGAAGAAGAAGAGGCUGCCGGUGGCCAGCACCAAGACGACGAUGACGAUGACUUUGAGAACUUCGACCUCGACGAUGAAGACGCCUUCAUGGACAGCGACGCCGACGUUCCAGUCGAACUCAACCUGGGCGACGAUAAAGACGAAGACAAGGACAAGGACGGCCGCAAGAGCAAGAAGAGAAAGCUCAAGAGCCUGCCCACUUUCGCUUCUAUGGAAGACUACGCGAAGAUUAUCGGCGAUGACGAUAGCGAGUAG